UUGUCUUUUUUUCUGCCCUUCACUUCAGAAUUUGGCGCUCCUGUGGUCGCGCUCAGCUCUUCUGCGCGGAGCUGCGAGCGUCCGAGCUUUUCCUUCACCUGGAUAAAUACGCAUUACUGCAUUCUACCCUGAAUUUAUUUAUUUUUCUUUACAAUCAGUAUUUUUAUAUAUAUAUCCCUAUCAUGAUUUGCUUUUUACCCCUCUUUGCGGCUGUUUGAAAGUGAUAGACUGCAGUGUGUUGUGCGCUCUAGUUUGCGCCAGCAGAGACUGGCAAUAUGUAAUUUCGAUUACAGCCGCGUUUUUUUUAGGGAUAAGUGGAAUAUUCCCCCUUUUAAACAACUGCUUCCAGUUUACUUUGUGGAGAAGAGAUCGUGAUACACAGUGAUGGUCUGAGGUUGUUGAAACUAACUGCAGAGUGGAUUCUAUCAUUUUGGAAACUGCUUGUGGGACUUUAAAAAAAAUGAAAGCUUCCAUCCCUCUUCUGAUCCUGCUUCAUGCGUUGGUGGUCCAUUGCCUAAAAGUCGUGUCAAAGAGAGGUUCUGUGGAAGGCUGCACAGACUGGUCAGUGGACUACCUAAAGUACAAAGUCCUUGUUGGGGAGCCUGUCCGGAUAAAGUGUGCUUUAUUCUAUGGAUAUAUCCGGGCAAACUACAGCCAUGCGCAGAGCACAGGACUUAGCCUUAUGUGGUACAAAAGUGCAGUGCACGGGGACUUUGAGGAACCCAUCAGCUUCGAUGGCACAAGAAUGAGCAAAGAAGAGGAUUCUAUAUGGUUCCGACCAGCUGAACUGGAUGAUGUGGGCUAUUACUCCUGUGUAUUAAGGAACUCCACAUACUGCAUGAAGGUGUCCAUAUCUCUCUUGGUGGCCGAAAACGACACAGAUCUUUGCUACAACUCAAAAAUGAGAUUCUUCGAGAAGGCAGAAUUAAGCAAAAAUAAAGACAUCACCUGCCCUGACAUUGAAGACUUCAUACAGCCGGGGGUGGAACCUAAAAUAGUUUGGUACAAGGAAUGCAAGCCGAAACAGUGGAGACAAACCAUCGAGAGAAGAAAGGACACACUAUCCAUCAAAGAAGUGAGGGAAGAUGACAUUGGGAAUUACACCUGUGAAAUACCAUUUGGGAAUUUUGUUGUGAGGAGGACUACUGAGUUAUCAGUAACAGCUCCCUUUACAGACAAGCCGCCAAAAAUCCUGUUUCCCACAGAGAGCCAAAUGAGCAUCAUAGAGAUGGCACUAGGAAGUCCUGUCAAUCUGACAUGCAGUGCAUUCUUUGGAUACACUGGGGACACCACUCCACAUAUCUACUGGAUGAAGGGGGAUAAGUAUAUCGAAGACCUGGAUGAGGAACGGAUUCAAGAAAGUGACAUCAAGAAAAUCCGGGAACACCUGGGCGAGCAGGAAGUUUCCAUCUCUCUGACCAUUAGCUCCUUGGAGGAGAGCGACCUUGGCAACUACUCCUGCUAUGUGACAAACGCCAACGGGCGGCGCCAAGCAAACAUCCAGCUCGUCAAGAAAGCUGAGCUGAUGUACACUGUGGAGUUGGCUGGAGGUCUGGGAGCCAUCCUGCUGCUGCUCAUCUGCCUAGUGACCCUCUACAAGUGCUACAGGAUCGAGCUCAUGCUUUUCUACCGGAACCACUUUGGCAGUGAGGAUAUCGACGGAGAAAACAAGGACUACGAUGCGUACCUGUCCUACACCAAAGUGGACCCGGACCAAUGGAGCCAGGAGACCAGAGAGGAGGAGCGCUUUGCCCUGGAGAUCCUCCCCGACGUCCUGGAGAAGCAUUAUGGGUAUAAACUCUUCAUUCCAGACAGGGACUUGAUCCCCACAGGAAGUUUCACCAAUGAUCAUUUCCAGGAUGACACACGACUACUUAGAGCCUACAUCGAGGACGUUGCACGCUGUGUGGAUCAGAGCAAGCGCCUCAUCAUCGUCAUGACACCCAGCUACGUGGUGCGGAGGGGGUGGAGCAUCUUUGAGCUGGAAACGCGGCUGCGCAACAUGCUGGUGACGGGCGAGAUCAAAGUCAUCCUGAUCGAGUGUGCCGAGCUACGCGGCAUCAUGAACUACCAGGAAGUGGAGGCCCUGAAACAUACCAUCAAAAUGCUGACGGUCCUCAAGUGGCGCGGCCCUUCCAGCAACAAGCUCAAUUCCAAAUUCUGGAAGCAGCUGCUCUAUGAGAUGCCCUUCAAACGCAUGGAGCCCCUAAGCAUCUCCCACGAGCAGGUGCUGGACGUGAGCGAGCAGGGCGCUUUCGGAGAACUCCAGACUGUUUCAGCCAUCUCCAUGGCAGCGGCCACCUCCACCGCCAUGGCGACGGCACACCCAGACAUUCGUUCGACCUUUCACAACUCAUGCCACACCCAGAUGAGGCAGAAACACUAUUACCGUAGCUACAACUACGACCUGCCACCCGGCGGCACGCUCCCGCCGCUCUCCUCACUAGGCAACCAGCACACCUACUGCAACAUCCCCAUGACGCUCAUCAACGGACAGCGGCCGCAGUCCAAGUCGCCGCGCCAGCAGAGCAUGGAGGAGGCCCACGCCAACAACGCCAUGCUGCCGCUGCUUCCUAGAGAGACCAGUAUAUCGAGCGUCAUCUGGUGACAGAUCCGCCGGCAGUCAGACCCUGAAUCCUCCAGAACCAGACGGAGCCGAAUGGCCCUAAGGAAACUCGCUGCUGUUCUAUUUGCACCGGAAAACAACAAGUGGGGGAGGGGGCAUUAAACACACUGGACAAAACUGAAAUUGAAAAUGGUGACGGCGACUAUUUCUCGUUUUGUUUUAGUCUAAUAAGAGCUUUUAUUAAAACUGAUCAGCAACAAAAGAUUUUAAAAAAAGGAACCGAGGAGAACUUUUUUUUUUUUUUUUUGUAUGCCUGUAAAAACAAGUAACACAAGCCAACACCUGUCAUAAAUUAACGCGAUAGUCGAGGAAAACAGGGUCCUGUACAUACGUUUCUUUUCUAAUUCUUUGUAGCAACAGUGUUUGGGACUUGUUUCAUUAUGUUUUCUCAUCGGUUGGGAAUCUUUAUUUUCCUUGUUUUGUUUCAGUUUGUACUAAAGUGAAGCAAUGGCCUGUAUGACGUGUUGGUAGAACUGUUGUUACCUUUAUCUUAAUUUGUUAACUGGUGUAGUUUCUAAUGCUUUUGGUGGGUUUUUGUUUCUUGGGAGGGGGGAUAGUUUGGAGUUACGGUCCUCUGGAGAGGGAUGAGAGUUUGGGCUCAACCAGAAUAUGCAAAAUUUAGAGUCCAGAUGACAGGAUAACGAUGGGUUUUCAACUCCGAUCAUGUCUGAACGUUAUUGGAAGAAGACUAUGGUGCUAGGCUUCACAUCUCUCUCUCUCACUGCGACAUUUCCUCUUAAAGAGCAACCUUGCUAUUUACCUUAACAGAAGAUUAUAUCACUGAAAAGUAAUGAUGUGUAUUAUUUUAUGAAAAAAGAAAAGUAUAUUUUUGUAACUGAGGGAUACUUGCUAAUAGAAGUUCUAUGUAUGACAUUUCUGAUGGAAGUGAUUGGAAAAACAGAUAUAUUAAAAAACUGUUUUAUGGGGAACUGUUUAGCUCGGGGAAAAAAAAAAAUCAAAGGACGACUCAUUGAUGUCUUUUACUGUGAGAUAGAAGAGCGUCUAAAGGAGGAGUUUUGACAUUUUGAUUCAGCUCAGCAGACUUUUUCUAUCACGAUUGCCGAUUUCAUUGUCAUUGCAGCAGCUCGCCGCCAGUUUAACAGGGAUGGAGCUAUCGAUGAUGUCAGCGCGGAUGAAGGAGAAAGCCAUCGUCACUCUACCCAGUUUCCACUACAGGACCAAACAAGGCUGUCCAGGGCUAAAUCAUUAUCCGUUAUCCAUUUCCUCCUAAAUGACAGCCCUGUUUUUUGUUUACCAUCAUGUUUCCUUGCAGAACACUUUAAGGCAGCAUCCGGUAUUUGCUAAACGACGAGAUUCCUUUUCAUAUUGAGUCAGAAAAUGUCUACAGUGCCUUGAAAAAAAAAGAGAAAGUUCACACGGAUUUAAAUUUGUUUUGGUAACACAAAAGUAGUUCAAAAUAGAGAAGUGGAAGAAAGAAAAGUAUGGCUGAUUGUUCAGAUCUGCAAAGCGUGGAACCAGUUUGUAUGUUUGAUGAGGAAAAGCCUCCCCACAGCAUGAUGCUGCCAAC